AUGAGAUUGGGUGGUCGAUCACGAUAUGCCGAUCAAGGCUUGUCCCUUAUCGUGCUGCUGAUCUUGAUUUCUUGGGUCCCGGUACGGGCCGCGCAUAGCCACCUUCAUCACAGCCACUUCCACCACAAACGCAAUGAUACGACCGCAACCGAUCGUGAAGAUGCACUCACACUCGUGAAGAAUGCACUCGCUGUUCUGAGCGAAGUCAACAAACAUCGAACUGAAAAUCCUAAUUUCAACAAGGAUGGCUUUGCGGGACCUCGAGAACGGACGAGGGAGCCGGCUCAGCUAUUGGACUACAGCGCUAGUGCUGUAAAGACGGCCAGAUUGCAGUCAAGAGAUUCUUCUGUGAAUAGAACAAACGGCAAUACCCCUUACCGUAUUCCAUUAGAGCUUGCUCAGGCUGCCCGCAUCGUGGCUGAAUCUACUGUCAACAAACCGUCGGGCGACCAGCCUCAGGUUGCGGCGAAAAUCAGAGGAAAAUACGGCAAGGGGCGCAGAGAGACAAACAAUCCUCCUCAAGCCUUGGUCAGGUCAAAUGGUCUAUACGACUAUCUGGCAUUUGGGAGUAGCAGUAGCACAGAUGGAGUGUACGACAACAAGACGGCCCGGUCGGAGGUGAAGAAGCGAGAUGCGCCCUCUGAGUAUUGGAUGGCCUCGAUUGACCAGAACGGUCAGAGUCCGUUUGCUCCAAGUGGCUACAAGGUCUGGAGAAAUGUUCGCGAUUAUGGUGCCAUCGGUGACUCCGUCACCGAUGAUACAGAAGCGAUCAAUCGUGCCAUUUCAGAUGGAGGAAGAUGUGGCGUCGACUGUGGUUCUAGCACCAUCUAUCCGGCUACCGUUUGGUUUCCAGCCGGGACAUAUCUCCCGCUCAAUGUGCCAACUAUCCUUGCAGCCUCUAGUUUCGUUGGCUUGGGUGUCAUUACCUCUGACGUCUAUGUUAGUGACAACGGAGAAUGGUAUGUCAACCAGAACAAUUUCUUGAGAAGCGUCAGGAACUUCAAGAUCGAUAUUCGCCCAACCGAUCCUUCUGCAUACAUUUGCGCCAUUCACUGGCAGGUUGCACAGGGAACUUCGCUCGAGAAUAUUGAAUUUUAUAUGCUAUAUAAUUCAGAUGUUCCUAGCAACACACAACAGGGAAUUUAUAUGGAGAAUGGCUCGGGCGGCUUUCUCGCAGAUCUCACAUUUGUGGGUGGCAACUUCGGUGCCUACUUUGGAAACCAGCAAUUUACUUCAAGUCAGCUUGUGUUUGUUCAAUGCAAUACAGCCCUGCAGGUGCACUGGGAUUGGGCAUGGACAAUGCAGGAUUAUGUCAUCGAGUCAUGUACCAAUGGAUUAACAAUCACUGGAGGGGCAGGUGGCCCGGCAAGUACAGGACAGGGCGUGGGAUCUCUCAUCUUGGCUGAUGCUAUCAUUGCAAAUACGCCUAAUGGCAUCAUCACCUCUCUCUACGCUGAGAAUUCGACAUCUCUCUUUUUAAAGAAUGUUGGAUUUUUCAAUGUCAAGACUGCCAUCAUAGACACAGUUCAAGACAAAGUGCUCCUGGCGGGAGGCAAUGAAGUUCUUAAAGAUGCUUGGGGAUUUGGUAAGGUCACGAACGCACAAGGCGCGGGAUCCUUUGUCUCAGGCGAAGACAUCAUUACCGGAGACAUGUAUGAUGGUUUGCUGGGACCUCAAGCCUAUGUGAAGUCCAAUUUAUUCACGCGUCGAAGACCCCAAUAUGAAGGCAUAAAGGCGGGUGACAUUAUAAAUGUCAAGAAUCUUGGCGCAAAGGGUGAUGGGGCUACUGAUGAUACAGUGGUCCUAAAUAAUAUUCUCUCUUACGCCGCAAACCUUUCCUCUGUUGUUUACUUCCCGUUCGGAGUAUACAAGAUUCAUGACACAUUGAAGAUCCCUGUUGGGUCGCGUAUCAUUGGGCAGGCUUGGUCGCAGAUCAUGGCGACUGGUGACAAAUUUACAGAUGUCGAUAACCCCUAUGUGGCGGUCCAAGUCGGACGCAAAGGCGACUUUGGAAUCAUUGAGAUCCAAGAUAUGCUUUUCACCGUCUCUGGCCCUACUGCGGGUGUGGUGCUUGUGGAAUGGAAUGUGCAACAGUCUUUGCAAGGAUCGGCCGCGAUGUGGGAUUCCCAUAUCCGUAUCGGCGGAGCUAUCGGAACUAAGCUACAGAAAGCUCAAUGUCCGAAACAGUCAGGCAAAGUUAACACUGACUGCAUAGCUGCUUCUCUUCUGCUUCAUUUGACACCCUCAUCAUCGGCAUACAUGGAGAAUAUAUGGGUCUGGGUUGCAGAUCACGAUUUGGACAAGGACACUCAAGACCAAAUUGAUGUUUACGCAGGCCGUGGUAUUCUGAUUGAAAGCAAUGUCGCAUGGCUCUACGGCACCUCCUCUGAGCAUUCUACACUUUAUCAGUACCAGAUUUCCGGCGCCAACAGAAUUGUUAUGGGGAUGAUUCAAACAGAGUCACCCUAUUACCAGCCUGUCCCUCUGGCGCCUGCUCCAUUCAAUCCUGGGAAGUUCCCCAAUGACCCUACAUUCAACAACUGCGAGUCGAACUCUGCGACAUGUGCUAUCUCCUGGGCUAUUCGAAUUAUUGAUUCCACUAGCAUCUGGAUUUUGGGCAGCGGCCUUUACAGCUGGUACUCGGACUACUCACAGAAGUGUCUUGACACAAACAGCUGCCAGCAACGUGGCUUUGAGAUCGAGCAAAGUGUUGAUCUUUGGAUUUACAAUUUAUGUACCAGGGCGAUCGUGGAAAUGGUUACUCCUUUCCAAGGGGUCCCAACCUACGCCAAGGAAAACCUGAACGGCCUUCUUUCAUCCAUUUUGGUGUGGAUUGGCGGACUUGAUACGACUAUUGGCGAGCGAAAAUUCCCAGGAUGGUCUAUAUAUACAUCUGCAAGCCUCGAGACGUCUGAACUGCCUGCCUCUUGUAAGACAUCACUGACAGCAAAAAUCAAGUGUGACUCCUACGCACAGAGCAUGAUGUCGCGCUCUUGGCAUGGAUCCCUUGGGAACGACACUCUGACAGAUCUCCUCUGCGAUGAGAGUUGUGGUGAGAGCCUCAGUGAAUGGUUCACGUCUGUGCAGGACAACUGUGCCGGGUAUAAUAUCAGUGGUUCUCCCCCAGAGUUGUAUGGCGGACGGGUCUGGGCGGGAUACAACGAAACCUGUAGCAAGGACAAAGACUCCGGGGAGUAUUGUAAUGCUAUCAUCGAUAGUUUUACACUAGUCCAAAGCACCGAGGACAUGCCGCAGAGCGAGAUAUGCUCUUAUUGCUAUACAACCCGUCUCCAGAUGAUGCAACGGACACCCUAUUCUAUGUAUGAUGACUAUUACCAGGGAGUGCUUCAGACUAUCAACAAGCGCUGCGGCCUUUCCGGGCCAACAGACGUCCAAGAGAUCCCCUGGUCUACCAUCGAAGAAGAGCCUGAAUUCUGCCUUUCAGACAAUUUCUAUACAACGGUAAAGGGUGACACCUGCACAUCGAUCGCGCAGGCCAAUAGCGUAUCCUCCGCAUCUAUCUACAUGGGAAACCAAGAGAAGAUUUUGGAUUGCGGAUCUAUGAAAGCUGGUUUGAAGCUUUGCCUACCCUCGAAAUGUCAGGACACAUACUCUCUCGAGUCAUCAGACAACUGCACCGCAAUUGAAUAUGCAUUUUCGCUCACAAGCGGAGAUCUUCGGAAAUACAAUCCAUGGAUCUCCUUUGACUGUGAAAAUCUGCAGAUUGCGAGUAAAAUCUACGGCAAGAAUCUCUGUCUCUCCGCCCCUGGCGGGGCGCACACGAAUGCAACAGCCGGUACCGAUUCUACAACACCUUCGAAGGCUAACGGGUAUGUCUACGAAUAUAUUGCACCACCAGCGAACGCUUCUUUGGCCCAAGGCACAACGGAAAACUGCGGUCGCUGGCAUGAAGCUACGGCCAACGAAACGUGUGUGGGCAUUUGUGGACAGGAGAGCAUCACACAUGCUUUGUUCGUUCUGGUCAAUCCGUCCUUGGAUAGUUCUCAUUGCACAGAAAGCUUGCAACUUGGAAAGACUUAUUGUGCCGGUCCGAUGUAUACUUGGAAUGCUACUUUCAUCGAUGACAGUAGUAAGGGGGUAUCUACCUCUGCAUUUGCUUCUGCGUCUGCUCCCGAAUCUACUUCUGCUUCUGUCUAG